ACAGUAGAUCUACUCAGUACGGUAGUCCAAACACUCGCACUCACACAAAAAGUCACACAGUUGUGUCAUUCAUCACCAUCAGGCAUCAGGCAUCACGCCUCUCCAGUCAUCACGUCAGAAGUCGAGAAGCGAAGAGAAAUGAAAGAAAGCGGACCAGACUCGACUGUGUGUAGCAAGGAAGAAGUGCGCUAGACGGGUUGGACCAGUGGCUGUAGCUUGUCAAUGAAAGAAAAUCCCAGCAAGCAAGCUGAGCUGAAAAGCCAGGACCUGGUAUGGUGUUGUCUUGCAUGCAUGUACGCUCAAGCCGCCUGAUAGACGAACAUCCAAAGCGUGCUGUCAGUAGAAAGAUUUUUUUCAUCUGUGCUGAACUGGUGGUAGUGUGGUGCGGCCGUAAUCCAACGAGGGACUAGCACAGAGAGAUUCGAUUCAAGAACAAGCAACUGCUGUUAGAGCUGCACACGCGACCCAGCGAGCAUGUUGCUCUACGUGGAGGGCACGUCCAUUCUGGGUCGUACGUUUGUGGUGAUGUGUGAUGGCCGUGACACGGUGGCGCGCAUCAAAGCGAAGUUGCUUCACUCACUCAACGACUGGGGAAAGUCGGCUCACCAGUUUCGCCUGCGCUACAAAUCCUGCUUCCUGCAGGAUGCUGUCAGUCUGGAGAGUCAAGGUGUCGGCGACAGUACAGUCAUACAAAUGAUACCACUCACGGGCAAUGACAAGAUUGACGGCAACAUGAUCUGCUCCAAGAAUUCCUUACACGUUGACAAGAAGCUGCAAGAGUCUCCCGUGCUGCUGGCAUUGCAAAGUGAAGUAUCCAAACUGGAGAGACGAUCACUGUUCAUGCAAGCAGUGACGUUUCUGAUCUACUUUCAGUUACUUAUAGUACCCCUGCUAUUCGCUACAAACUACUGGUGGAGUGCACUCUGGUCGGGUGUCUUUGCACUGUAUGGAUUCUUGUACAUGCCACAGUUCUACUACGUCGGCGGUGUUGCCACGGUGCCCAAUGUACUGCAUUUCCGCUUUAUCAUCAUCUACUCCAUACUGAGUGCUGCCAUGGCGACAGGUUCGCUAGUGCUCUGGGUCUACCUGCUAACAAAGUCUGAAAGAUUGCUGGACGGCUGUAAAACAGCUGCGGCUGGACAAGACUUGUCGCUGGCCUCUGACAGCUGCAGCAGCCAAGUCUGGUUCUCAGCUCUUGCGUAUCCCAUCCACGUCCUGGUCAAUGUGUGUGCUAUGACAACAGCAGUUCUGCUCGGGCUCAACCUUCGAUUCAAGAUUGGUGACAAGUUGGAAUCGGUCCUGUUGGAAUUGAGAGAUAUUGCUCAGUGGAUAGCCGUGGCUAGCAGUGAAGAAAGCAGUUCUGCUGAGAGGUAUGAAGCUGCAGCUCAGAUCAAUAGUUUUGUGGGAACUUCGGACGAUGGCAAAUUCCAAGUAGUCCAGCUGGGAGGUCUUCAGUCACUGAUCAACCUGAGUUUGACCGUGCACGAGGAAACACAGGAGCUGGCCGUGGAAGCUCUUACCAUGAUGCUGCAAGUACCCACCAUACAGAAUGUGUUCGUGGAGAAGGACGGCAUCACAAGCCUGGGUGCUCUGCUUCGCUCCGACCGGGUGCGAGUACAGGGACACGCCGCACACGCCCUGUCACUGGUAGUGGCGGACAAUGCUGAGAAUGCGUCAAGGCUUGCGGCAGGAACAGGACUCUCAGAUGUUGCCUUCGCCAUGUCAAGCAGAAGUGAAGGCGUGAGUGCGUAUGUUGCCGACAUCCUCAACCACAUGAUCGCUCAAGCGCCGCUCAGAAGCUCGAUUCGUGAUGACAAAGAGCUGUUUAGUGCAAUGGUGAGAGAAGCUGUUCAGCCAGGCGAUGUGGAGGAGUUAACAUCAGCCUGUCUGCGGGCACUGGGAAUCAUAGCUAUGGAAACACCGAGUGUAUUGCAAGGACAGGAUGACCUCAUCCCCAGCUUACUCUCGAUGCCUCAAAAUACAGGGAAUUUGAAGAUAUUACUGCCCACAGCACAGCUGUUGCUGUGCUACGCCGAGGAAAAAACGCUGUGUCCACUACUACCCCUGACCGAAGUCAAGCAAUCACUUGCUCUCAUGGUCAGCACACGAAAUCAACAGCUGCUGCAUUUGAUUCUGGAAAUUGUCAACGCACUCUCAUGGAAGAAUAGUGAAAUCAUGGCGUCACUCGGCUUCAACGACAUCGCCGCCGAAGUGCUGCAGAUCGUCAAGGAGAACAUGGCCAUCAAGCAGGAUCGAGCCGAGAGCACGUCGCUGCUCGUCAACGUGGAUACGCGGGCCGAGUACGACAAGGAGGCCGGAACGGGGGAGAAUAACCCCGCCCUGGAGGACGUACCGGAAGAGCAGGAAGUUGAUGUACCGGAUGGAGAUGGUGACAGCAUUGGUGCUGGUGAUGCCCAGAGACCGUUACUCGGCGCUAGUAGCGGAGCGGACGACAUUGAACUGAAGAGCACCGCACAACGGAUCAUGACGACGCUGUCUCUACAAUCGAAGCAGAAAGUGUCAAUCGGGCAGCCCGGCAGCAACCGUCCAGCCACAUCACGUCGAGCACCCACCCGUAAGCCGUCCACCUACUCGCUUCUCAGUACUGCCAGCCACUCCAGCCAGUAGAAAGAGCUAUUCGUGACAGAUCAGUUUAUUCGGAGACAAGAAUGCGAUAAUUCUCAGAAGAAGGACACGUGUCAGGCUCUUCAAGAAUAUCUUCAGUUUCUCUAGUAUACAUUCAAGCCUUAUCGUCACGUGAUCUACAGGCAAAAUCAAAUGAACAAGGCCAAUGGACAAUUUCUGACAGACUCAAGACAUCUAUAAACAAACAGACUCAAUAUUCUGUUAUUGACAGUACGAACUAUGAUCUUUGAAGGCUCUCUCAGCAACCUAUUACAUGUGCGGGCAUGGUCUUCAGUUUUGCUGUCGCUCACGCCGAUGGCAACUCUAUGGCCAGCUGCUUUAAAAGUCACUACCAUCACGAUCAUAACAUCUUUUAUGUUCACAGUGCUCUGACAAAUCGUGAAGAAGAUAUUGCAAGCUGGAUUCCCCCGCGAAUGAAUGUGAGUGCUUUUCUGCUUUGCCGACGGACUGGAGCAAUGGUAAUUUCUUCUGCGCUAGCUACAUGUCUUCUUAGCAUUAACGCAUGCACAGGCACAUGCACUCACACGUGGGCGUGCGCACGCACACACACACACACCCUACGUAUACACACACGCGCAAAUGUCCGUCGCUUCAAUUUGAAUGUUAAUCACCAAGUUUAAAAAUGAUGCAAUAAAUCAAACCCCCUCAAUUUUAUCAAGUUUCCAGAUUAUUUAGACAUUAUGGUCUCUGCUUUUAUACGCGUUCUGCUCCAAUAUAUUCACCAUAUGAUUACUUCCCUGCCAAAGUUCCCAAUAUGUAGUAAGGACUAUGAAAGGUGUAUUUAAAAAUGGCAAUUUGCAAAAAUCGUUCUCCUCUGACUGUGAAGAUAAGUACAGUAGGCACCGGCGGAUUCUGCCGGCAGAAAAAUUGGCAAAAUUCGGUACAUUUCUGGUAAGUUUCAUGCAUGUUCGGUAUGUGGAUAAAGAAAUGGAGCAGAAUUCGAGGAAUUGUCCGCCAUAAGGUUUGUAUGGUUCUGCCAAUUUCACUGCUUUUCGAGCCGAUCCUGCCACUUUUUCGAGCAGAAUCCGCCGGUGCCUAAAGUACAGUAAUCGGGUACAACAUUACUUUACGUUUACAUCUUUCCCUCAAAUCAGUGAACACUACUAUACAUUAUUGUUUCGAUAGCAGCUGUGGCACAAUGUAAUUGUUCGAAGAGUGCUCACAACUUCACAUCUCUGAUGCGGCCAUUCCUUUCGUGAUGUCAUAGAUGAUGUCACCACCAUGGUGGUAUGCAGCAUAACGUAUUUUGCUAAUCGCUUUUAAACAAUGCAUUUGCUGUUCUUCCUCUCGAUUGCUCAGAUACUCAGAGCGGUAUCAUCCGAGCACGGAUCCAUCUUGAUCUACAAUUUAGCUGUCAAUUGUAUGACCAUUGUCUGACCAUCGGUGAUAUUAUUAUCAGCAUAAU